UGGCAAUUCGCCUUCUAUUGAUUUUUUUUUUUUUUCAAAUGCUUCCCUUGUUUUCUCGGAGCACGAAUUUGGCGCUAGCACAGCGACGUCUUAUUGCGACAGCUGCAGGCAGCGGCAAUGCGUAUGUGGAGCAGCUGCAGCACCGCUACCAAAUGGCCAGGGACCUGUGUCUGAAUGACCCCGAGCGGUUCUCGUCGUCUAAAAUCCGCGCGUUCUCAAAGCCAACAAGCAAAGACAUAUUCCCAAACACCGAGCUGCGUCUGAGCAAGAUCCGCACAUACGGCUUCGACUACGACUACACCUUGGCGCGCUACACGGACCGCCUCCCCGAGACUAUAUACACGAUGCUGCGCGACGUGCUUGUGAGCAAGAUGCUGUAUCCGCCAAAGCUGAAGGGCCUAAAGUAUGACAAGACGUUUGCUGUGCGUGGCAUCUCGUAUGACCGCGAGACCGGGUGGCUGUUCAAGCUGGACUCGAACUACAACAUUGCCCUGGACACUAUUCACUAUGGCCGCGAGCCACUGCGCGAUCUGGAGGAAGUGUAUUCUCUGCAUAAUGGCCCGCAUGUGGCACCGGACUAUGCGAAGGCGCACCUGUACCAGCUGAACGACCUGUAUAGUGUGCCAGAGGCGACACUGCUGGCCGACAUUAUCCAGUUUUUCAGCGAGCACAACAUCCCGUUCCACCCGCGCUACUUGGCCGAAGAUAUUCGGACUGCUGGCGAGUAUAUUCACAAGGGUGAUGGAAUCACCGCCAGCCCGCUGCACAGCACCAUCAUGAGCAACCUCGACGAGUACCUAGGCAAGGCGCCGGAGCUGCUGCAAAUACUCGAGUCGCUGAAGAAGGAAGGGAAGCGGCUGUUCCUGCUGACCAACUCUGGAUAUAACUACGUUGAUGCCGGCUUGACCUACAUGUUUGACACGCCAAAGUGGCGCGAUCUGUUUGAUGUUGUGAUUGUGAGCGCGCGCAAGCCCUCAUGGUACCUGUCACACCGGCCGUUCCGCCAGGUGCCAACGGGUACGAGCAGCAAUGUGCAGCCGUGGGCCUAUGUCGAGCAGUUUGAGGAUGGCCAAGUGUAUUCUGGCGGCAACCUAAUGUCAUUUACAAACAUCACAGGGUACUCUGGUCGCAACGUGAUGUACUUCGGCGAUCACAUUUACUCUGACCUGCGCGACCCCACGAUCCAGAAGGGGUGGUACACGGGCGCAAUUGUUGGUGAAUUGAACUAUGAGCUGUCGGUGCUGCAGCGCGCAGACUACCGCCAGAGCGUGUCGUAUAUCCAGCUGAUUGAGAAGAUCCUCAAACACUCGCAGCAGGAGACGCGUAGCCCCGAGUUUAUGAAGUUGUCGCCCGACGAUCGCGAGCUGUUCCGUCAAAUGCUGGAUGUAGGGCGUAUGGAGCGCCGCAAGACCAGGGCCAGGAUUCGCAACUCGUUUAACACCAAUUUCGGCAGCGUGUUCCGCACUGAAAAGUAUCCGAGCCUGUUUGCCACUAAGAUCAAGUCGUUUGCCAAUGUGUACACGUCGGAUUUGUCAAACUUGGGGCUGUACCCGUCGGAUUUCGUGUUCUAUCCGAAAAGGGUGGUGCUGCCACAUGAGAGUCGCAUGCCAGAGGUUGACGACCUGUUGGAGGACAUUAUUGGCCCGUGAAUAAUCAGUAUAGCAAGUUCCUUUUUUGAUAGAAAUACAUCGUGAUACAAA